UGUGUCGUCACGCGCCUCCUGCAGCCCACGGAAGCCCGCGUCCGCCGCGAGAAGUCGCUCACACACUCAUAACAAAGGGGGCAGCCCGCUACGCCAUCGCUGCGGGCGAUGGCGCCGCCCCCCGGCCAGACGAACCGGGACACUUCUGCCGCGGACCACACGACCUGCUUCUACUGCCACCAGCAGCUGAUCCUCGUGAGUCAUAAAGUUAUUGUCUCCCGCGACGCCCAUGGUUGUUCCAUACGCAUCUGCGAGCCCUGCGAGAAGGAGGCGCGGCGCCGGCGUCCCGGCCGUCCCUUCUUUUUGCGGUCGCGGCGGCGGCGCACGGGGACGCGGUCGCUUCCACCACAUAGGUCAAGGUCGAGAAGAAAGAUGAGGGUAUUGAGGCCAUGCGCAAGCUCAUGGGCGGCGCCGCGGACGAGGAGGAGGAAGAGGGUAACUAA